ACAGGUUUCCUUUUAAAUCAAAUUGACAUUUCUGAACAAAAUGUUCUCUUCGGCACUCAUUCCUCUUCUGCUCUUAGCGUCCGUAAAAGGACAGUCGGACUCCACUACUGACUGCAAAAAACUUGAUUUCUCGACUCUGCCCGAAACAUGUUGCUCUAAUCCACUGGGGUCAUUGCUCCCUACCAGCAAAAUUCCAACCGCCUGCAAAGCGUCACCCAAAUUAUUGCUCUGGAUGAAUUCAUACCAACUGAACAAUCUGCAGGACCAGACACUCAAAAAUUUCAUUGAUCCCAAAAGCAAGGCUUAUCUCUCAACCAUUUGUGACGCAGCGCAAUUCGCACAAUGCGUUUUCAAAGAGUUAUCUUUCAUUAUAAGCAACAACAUUCUUGAAGCUGACACGAUCAGUGAACACUUGUCCUCUUUGACGACAGUUAAAGAAUGGCAAACUGUGAUUGCCUACUUUCUCAAUCCGUUCCUCUCCGCUGAUAAGGGAUAUAAGUUUACAGAUAUUUUGGAGGACAAUUUUGAAUAUGCUACCUGUUCAUCCGGAACGCAGAGUCUGAUUCCUUUAAUGUUCACACAAAUGAUUCAAAGUGAACUUAUAUGGAUGUGUCCCAAGUUCAAGGAGUUCACUGAUAGUAACAAAUGUUUGCAAAAACUAAAAGAUUUCCAGUACUGUGAUGGCAAGAUUUACUCCCCGACUGCAAAAGGAAUUUUCUUCUUCCCACAGACAUAAAAUCUGUAUUGAUGAGAGUAAAUACAAUUUAUUCUUCUGAAUUUCGCAAA